GUAUUAUACAAUGUUUUGUGUGACUACGUGUUCUUGUCAAUUCGUCAAUUGCAAGUGUGGUACAAAAAAAGCAAUUAAUAAGUUUUAUAUUCUACUCGAAAUGUCUUUAUUAAUUGAAUCUGAUGAUAUUAAGGAUAAAAAUGAAAAUAAAGCGGAAGAAAUGAAUCAAAUUGAGGCAAUACCUCUAUUAGACAAAAUGAUGACUUGGGAAGAUCUGGGUCUUGUAGAUGUCCUGUGUAAAGCUUGUGAUCAAUUGAAAUGGAAAGAGCCUUCUAAAAUACAGAAAGAAUCGAUACCCUUGGCAUUGCAAGGAAAGGAUAUAAUAGGAUUAGCAGAAACUGGUUCCGGAAAAACGGCUGCAUUUGCUUUGCCUAUAUUACAAGCUUUGUUACAAAAUCCUCAGAGAUAUUUUGCUUUAAUUUUGACACCUACUAGAGAAUUAGCUUUUCAAAUUUCGGAGCAGUUUGAAGCACUAGGUGCUAGUAUUGGUGUAAAAUGUGCUGUAAUAGUAGGUGGUAUGGAUAUGAUGACUCAAGCUUUAGUUUUGGCAAAAAAACCACACAUAUUGAUAGCAACUCCUGGACGUUUAUUAGAUCAUUUAGAAAAUACAAAAGGUUUCAGUUUACGAGCAUUAAAGUAUUUGGUUAUGGAUGAAGCAGAUCGAAUACUUAAUAUGGAUUUUGAGGUUGAAGUGGAUAAAAUAUUAAAGGUUAUACCUCGGGAGAGAAGAACAUUGCUAUUUUCAGCAACUAUGACUAAAAAAGUAAAAAAAUUACAAAGAGCUUGCUUACAAGAUCCAGUUAAAAUUGAAGUUUCUACAAAAUAUCAGACAGUUGAAAAAUUACUGCAGUAUUAUAUAUUCAUUCCAGUAAAAUUUAAGGAUGUUUAUUUAGUAUAUAUUCUAAAUGAACUUGCUGGAAAUAGCUGUAUGAUAUUCUGUUCAACAUGUAACAAUACAAUUAGGACUGCUUUAGUGUUAAGAAAUUUGGGAUUAACCGCUGUUCCUUUACAUGGACAAAUGUCACAGAAUAAACGACUUGCUGCUCUGACAAAAUUUAAAGCAAAAAACAGAUCGAUCUUGAUAUCAACAGAUGUUGCCAGUAG